UAAAUCCAUCAAACAAAGACUUGUAUGAUAUACAAAAACCGGAGAAGCUGCUGAGAAGUUACAGCCUUGAACAGAAGACCAGAGACACAUCACAUCACACGAAAGGAACCGUAUUUCCCAAUUUCCCAUUCCUUCUGUAUCUUCGUUACAGCGCAAAACAGACACAGAAGACAUUUCCUCACUUCUCGCAUCUUUCCUAUUGAUUCAAGGUUUUGCAGGCGCCAUUGGCCAAAUCUUUUGCAUCUGUAGAUAUCUACAAAGCUUUUCACAGAGAGUUUAAUUGAAUUGCCACCGGAGAGGGAGAGAGAGAGAGAGUGAUGGGUAACAGAAAGAGGGUAGAGGCUGAAACAGAAUCUUGUUUAAGUGAAGCCUUAUUGUUUGCGACCAUGUGUAUAAUUGGACUACCCGUUGAUGUGCAUGUCAGGGAUGGCUCUGUCUAUUCUGGAACUUUCCACACUGCUUCUAUCGACAAGGACUAUGGUAUUAUUUUAAAGGAAGCAAAAUUGAUUAAGAAGGGGAAAUGUGAUGGAAAUGUGGCUAAUGGGAGUGUGAUAGAAACGCUUGUAAUUCUUUCAGAUGAUCUCGUUCAAGUUGUAGCUAAGGGAAUUCUAUUCCCAGCUGAUGGUGCCAUGGGAAAUGUAGCUAGUGAUGAGGUAGAAAGAGCUGUGGUCAAUAUUCCUUCCUUUGAGAUUAUAGUGAGUGAGGCAAAAGAAUCUAACAAGUCGGCCACAGAUAAAAAAAAUGAAAACAGUAGGAUUUCAACCAACAACAGUAAUAGUUUUGGUAAUGGUUGCAUGCCAACAAAAGCUGGAAAGGAAUAUGAAGGGAGAAAAGUUUUACCAAAUCAUGCAGCAACUGCCGCAGAAGUGGAACCCGGGAAGAGAGAGAGGAUAAAUAAUUCAAAAAGUGAAGAAGCUUUCAAUUCCACAGUUAUUGGAAGGCAGGUUGGAGAUAAUGGGUCACAAGGGGAGCAGGAUCAUCACAAACAGAAUUCUGAACUUCAAGGGGAGAAGAAUGAUAAUGAAGUUCAAAGCUCAAGUAUAAUCGAAGCCAAGGCUGUUGAGGAAGGACAAACAAUGACAAAGUUGUUACCUAAUGGAGUAUCUUGUGAUCCAAUGCUUGCACUUGUUAAACCAGACAGUCAAUGCUUUGGAAGGUCUGCUUCUGCAGGCAGCUCUUCUGCAAGUGCUGUUUGUUCAAGUAUUUCAACUGCUUCCAAUGCAUUGGUUGAUGUGGCCGCAGAAUCACGUUGUGGUUCAUUGGCUUCUUCAGCUGAUGCAGUCUCUCCACAAAGUUCAGAAUCCACCAAAAGCUCUAAGGAGUUCAAACUCAAUCCAGGAGCAAAAAUUUUCUGUCCAUCCUUUGCGACUCCAACAUCAGCCACUGCAGCAGCGCCAGCAGUUGCAAACAUGGCUUACAUGCCAAGCAACUCUCCCAUGUUACCUAUUGCUGCUGCUCAGCCAGAAGUUGGAAUCAGCCCCUUUGUACCGCGGCCAUCUCUCCAGGCUAAGUUUGCUCCAUACACUAAUUUGACAGCUGCAAAUGGUGGCAGUGGUCAUCAAUUUUCACAGCCUAUUAUGGGGAACAGGACACAGCCACUUAGAUAUGCUGGUCAAUAUCAUGCUGUUCAGGCUACGCCAACAUAUGUGCCUCCAAAUUCUCAAGCAGUUAUGGUUGGACGACUUGGGCAGCUGGUCUAUGUGCAGCCAGUUUCUCAUGAUUUGGUUCAGAAUGCAGCAACUAUCUCGCCUGUAUCUGCAUGUCCUCUUUUGACAUCACAACAGGUCCCAUAUCCUAAGCACCAAGGGAGUGCAGGAGGCCAGGCCUUACAAUUGUGUGCACCCCCAGCUUUUGUAGCUGGUGGCCAGCAACCGUUUGCAAUGCCAAGCCAUAUCCCUCUUUUGCAACCUCCUAUCCCUGCUAACCGGCCCGUUCCAGUUCCAGGAUCUAAUGCUCUGUUCGGUACCAAGUUUCCAUGAAUAUAUUCCAUUGCUAUUAUGACUUCAUGAUACUUAUUCAUGAAUGAUAAAAUUUUGGUCCAUAGUUUUUUGAA